AGCGUCGCUACUUAUAACGGUAUGUUAACUAUUCAGUUCUAAAGAAGUGUGGGUCUUUAAUUAUUCUGUUAUUAGUCAUUCUUAAUAUUUCUGGAAUAUGAGUGAAUAUGAUGUACCGAAACUUUUAACAACCAAUGGGUUGUGUACUCUAUGCCAAAGGAGGGCCGAAUGGAUUUGUCAGCGCUGCUUAGAUUUUUAUUGCUCACCGGAAUGCCAACGAAGUGAUUGGCAGCGACACCGUUAUAUUUGCUUUUCCAUGCCUGGCUUAAUGCACGCUGGUCAUAUAAACACGGUACCACAAGAUCUGCGAUUGAGACGUACUACAAUUACUAAACAUAUGGAUCGUGAUCAGUUAUCCUCAACUUCGAAAGAAAAGUUUUUGCAUAUAAAUUCUAAAGGAUCAGUUGGGGAAAACAUUUCUACCGAUGGAACUAGACAAAUAAUUUCUUUGCCCAAAAUACAUAAAUUGUCUGAACCCGUUGUUAUAAUGGGCUUCACAUCGACUAAUAUAUGUUUAGUUCGACUUGUAAAAGACUCUGAUCGAUAUCUUUCUACUUUAAACAAAAUAGAUGCACUUGGAAAAAGAGCUCCUUUGAUAGACAUUUGCCCACCAGUUAAUGCAGUGGCUCUUACUUUGUUUAAUGAUAUGAUGAGUCGAGUUGAAAUACUAUCCAUUCCUGAUGAAAAACAUGUUGAAGUUCUGUAUUAUGAUUAUGGGGCAAUGGGGAUUGUCCAACUAUCCGAUCUACGUAUUGCAACAGAGGAUAUUCUAAAGUUACCUCGUUUUUCUAUUAUGGUUAAACUUAUUAAUGUAAGUGAAAGUCCCAUUAAUGAAAAAAUUGUGAAUUUUCUUGGAGAAUUCGAAGGUAUGGAAUGUCAAAUGCGUUAUUGCUCUGAGUUUGGUAACAUUGUAGAGGUAGAACUCACAAAUUUGGAUACAGGGAAAAUAAUAAAUGAAGAAAUUUUGAAAUAUCACUCAAUCAUGGAUGUUGCGAGGACGCCACCUAUAAAUUACUCAACGAGCGAGAAGCGGCGUGAAACAGUUGAAAGUAGGGCGGUGAAUGAUAAGAACAAAGAUGAACUGUUGGUGGAUUUAUAUCAAGAUGUGCCUUGUCAGGCACAAGUUGAAACAAUUGUGCCGAAUAAAUCUGUAGGAAAUAUUGAAGAUCAACCAAUUUUUUCACCUCCUUUCGAUAUAUAUGUGUUUCAACCAGAUUUAGCAAAAUUUAAGGUCAUAAUCUUGGAUACUUCAGCAUUAAGUUACGGUUACGUGGGAUGUAUAGCCGAAACAGAUCUAAAAUAUUUGGUCACUGUUCAAGAAUAUUUAAAUCGAUAUACAGAUAAUAAACAGUAUUAUAGCCCAAAACUGCAUGAAUAUUGUCUGGCGAGAUUCGAAAACGAAUGGUACAGAGCCAGGGUAGUAAAAGUUGUUGAUCGCACAAAGUAUACUGUCGUUUAUUUGGAUUUUACUAAUGAAAGCAUAUUGACUUCCAAAGAUAUCCGACGCUAUCCUAUUGAUUUAAAUGAGCCAUGUCGUACGAACCUCUGCUUAAUUGAUGGAUUGCCCACAUCUCUAAAAACGGAGCAUGUCAACUUUUUAAAAAAGGAAAUAACUACAGAAAGUAAACUACUUAUUAAUAAAGUGAAAGAAGUUGUGCAACAAAUUGUUGUAGUUGAAUGCCAAGAUAUAAUUACAAAAAUGGUUAAUAUGGGGCUAAUUUAAUAAUUUCACAUUUCCCUAAUAUGGUUUUUGUACCAGUGAAAUAAAAUUUAUGUAAAGAAAA